ACCGGCAUGAGUAUGGGAUACCAGCCAGCGGUGGAUUGUAUUGAGGUAUAUGUAUUGGUACUUGGGUGAUGAAUGGGGGGGUACAGGUAUCAUCAUACUCGAUGAUUGUCUUGAGGUGUUUUCUAGCAAGUAAUCCUCUUUCCUUGUCCUGUGCCCCCCCCCUCCCAUUCUUCCCACAAUGCUCACUCGCACUGGGUUAUACUUUAUGACAAUGCGCUCGCACACAGUAUCAUACGGCAUUGUACGAGUACAGUACAGUAUCAGUUACUUUGUGCGCGGUACGUACCGGUACUUCCUGUACCACUGACCACAAGGCCAACAACGACAACAAUAACAACAGCGCAGAGCUUCCCCUAAUCUCUCCUCUUUCCAUUAAAAUACAAGUAUCAUAAUAUCAUAUCUUCUCCCUGCCUUACCCACUUACACACACACACACAUACACUCAAUUCUGACAGUCCCCCCCCAUUCGCUCGACAACCUAUCGUAUGACUUUAGACCAGUAGAUUGUCCGUAUUCUUGUAUGCGGACAGUAAAUAUCAAAUUUCCCGGGAUGGGGCGCGUGUGUGUGGAUAAACCUGUGAUGUUGAAGCAGUGGAGGAGGCUUGUGCUUCUUUUUUCUUGUUGCAUCCGGGCAAAAGCGCGCGAAUUGGAGGUUGUGGGUAUGAGGGUUAAUUAGGGUACCCGCAUUGGCCUAGACCGACGUUUUAUGGGGAGGGCGUUGACGUAGUCUAUGAUAAUAUUAUGAUACAACCUCUCCAUAAGGGUGAAGGCGCAACAAUAAACCCCCCGCGCCUCAUCAACACCAACAACACAUAGCAUAGCACGGUAGAACGCAGCGCAGCGAGAGAAAACCAUGCCUCGAGCACUCCCCUGGGCGCUAAACCGCCCCCCCACCUCCGCCUCCUCUUCGUCAAAACCGUCCACCAAACCGCCACCACCGAAAACAAAACCCAAACGCAACCCCUCCACCCCCCCACCCCAUCACAAUGCUCCCAGGAGAGAGGGCUCCGCCCUUGACGAGGCAAUAAUCGAAUACAUGACCCCCCAGGACGACAUAUACAUAAUGGUAGAAGACGAACUCUUGACAACAGCUCAACUCUACACACGCUCCCUCCACCGCGCGGAAUACAGCCGCUUACAAGCCGCCGCUGCGCUCAAGAAUGCGCACCGGAUCAAGGAUAUACACCGACCUGUGGAUGGGGUUACAAGAAUGAGCCGGGAGGCGAUCAUGCGUGGCAGGAGGGGGGCGAGGGUUGCUGCGUUAGGACUGGACGGGGGUGGGAGUAGUAGUAGUGACGAGGAUGAAGAGGGUUGGGGCAAGGGGGCUUUAGGGAGGUUGAUGAGUGGGAGGAGUAGCAGUAGUGGGUAUGCCAAGGGGAGGCUGGGGGAGAGGUGGAAGGGGAGAGGAGGGGGAGGGGGAGGGGGAGGGACGAAAGCUGCGGCGGGGUUCACGGAUGCNNCGUCCGGCGCCCUUUCCAUCAUUAGCCAGGAUAUACCUGUAGAGAAGGAAAAAGAAGGCAGAAAUGCCAGCUCUUGCCCCAAAAUCAAGCAGGAGCAGGACUCGGAUACAGACACACCCUCAGACGACGACCUCGACGCUCCAGUUCACUCCUUCCGCACGCCCUCCAUACCGCCCUUAUCCUCCAUCUCCUCCUUCGCCAACAACCCCAACCAAGCCAAACCAAUAAAGCGCCUCCCCUGCGAGCGUCGCGAUUCAAUUCCCCCCUUCAUUUCUGCCUCCUCCACCUCGUUCUCCAGCACUACAACCACUUCUACAUAUCACACCACUUCAGCGCCACAAUCGAGAGCUACUUCGUUUUCGAAAAUCAUAGACUUGGACGACGACCCGCUAUUCAGGCUACCGAAACCGCCAGAGAAGAGUAGUACGUACCGCGGGAAAUCGAUGGCCGCCCGAAGGAGGGCGGAGGGAGAGAAUAGUAGAAGUGGAACAGGAGGUGGGGACUUUGGGAAUAAGAGAGAGAAGGAGAAGGAGAGGAGGCCGUUUGAUAGUUUGAGGUCUUUUUAAAGAGCGAGCCGGGUUGCACCAUGAUCGGGUACUGUACUAUACUAUACUAUUAUGAUACAAGGUCGGGGGGGGGUCUUUGCGUAGUGUAUAUACGAUAGGUUUUUAAUCCUUUUCAACAAGGCAAACAACCAGGAAGGUUCGGGGAAUCUUUGGAGCACCGUACCGUACUAUCAGAA